GCUUGCGCACGCCUCCAUUAACGGCCCGGUUCCGUGUGUAAUCCUCCGGUCCACCGAACGAAGUGGCUUCACGGGACACACAUACAUACAGGCGGAAGCGUCUCCGGUUCCUCUGUUUCCGCGUGAGACAAACGUGCGCGCGCAUGGAACCGUGCAGCUCGCUCGUUCCUUAAAUUCAGAAUAAUUCAGAUUUAAUUUUCCGGAUUAAACUGUUUUCUUCAGAUAACGUGACCCGAUACAAACACGAUGCUCCGGUGGAUGCUCGGUGGUCGAGAGGCGCAGGGUUCAGUGGAGAAAAGCUCUGUGUUGUGCAUCGGAGAGGAACAGCCCAAAAACUGGUUCACUGAGCUGCAGGUGCUGAAAGGACAUUUUGACAUCGUUCGAUUUCUGGUGCAGAUUGAUGACUUCAGAUGUGCCUCAGCCGGCGACGACGGCCUCGUUCUGGUGUGGAACGUCGAGACCGGGGAGAGGCUGCAGGAGCUGAGGGGUCAUUCCCAGCAGAUAACGGCCAUGACCACCUUCACCUGUGAGGACGGACCCACGUCGCUCAUCACGGCCUCGUCAGACCGAAGUCUCAGUCUGUGGGACCCGGACUCAGGCCACCGGGUUCAGACCAUUUCAGAUCUUCAGUCCUCCGUCAAGUGCUUGCUGGUGCUGGAGCGUCUGUGUGUGUGGGUCUCCGGCGGGGAAGAGCUGUGUGUGUGGAACAAAGACUUUCAGCUUCAGUGUCAACGACAGAACCAGAGCGACACCGGAAUAACUGCGUUGAUCGAGCUGCCCAAGAACUGCAUCGCAGCUGCUGUGGAUAAAGAGAUAGUCAUCUUCAGGCUGACGGUCUCGACGGACUCCUCCAUGUCAUUGGCUGAGAUCCGCCGCCUGACCGACCACCAGGACAGGAUUCGAGCGCUCAUCAACGUCGGCGACCGGCUCUUCGCCAGCGGCUCCCAUAUGGGCGAGUUGAUCCUGUGGGAUGCGAUUGAUUGGAACAUCGUGGGCUACGAGCACAUCCUGUGGGAGGAGUCGCAAGCCUGCUCUCAGGCCGAAAUACGAUUGGCUGCGCCCAAACCCAGCGAGAUGUCGAUUCAGCAUCUGAGCACCAACGGCAGGCACAUCCUUGCGGCUGUGGGCAGCGGCCUGUACGUGUACAGCGUUCAGACCAAGACGGUGGUGGCCUACAGGAAGGUUGCCCACGACUCCAACGUCCUACACACCAUGCUGUUAUCCGACAGCGAGCUGAUGUCGUGCUCCGAGGACGGCAGCGUGAGGAUGUGGGAGAUCCAGGACCUGCCUCUACCCGGCGAGCCGGCCUCCCCAGGGUUCUUUGGCAUGUGGAACUUCGGCCGGUCCAACAAGCAGAGCGGACUUCCUUCCAAGAAGAUCACGGACGUCCCGCCGCACAUCCGGACGCUGGAGCUGACGGGCGAUCUGAUUGGACACUCGGGGGCAGUGCAGAUGUUCUCGAGCUUCGGGGAGAACGGUUUGGUGACCUGCUCGACGGACCACCUGCUGAUCCUGUGGAAGAACGGCGAGCGGCAGUCCCACCUGCGCAGCCUGGCGCUCUUCCAGAAGCUGGAGGAGAAUGGAGGACUGUGACCUUUUGACCCUUUCAAAACGAGCAAAAGAUGCGACGCUGGCGGGAGUCAAAUCAUUUGGAUUUACUGUGAUGAUGUCAUGGUUGUUGUUUGCCUUAUGAGUGGAAGUAUUUAAGUUAAAUAAAAUAAGUAUAUAUAAUAUUU